AUGAAGGUGCUUUUACCAUUGACCUUUCUGUUUUUUAUUAGUUCUCCAGGUUGGGCAAUAGAUAGGCACUACUACAUAGGCAUUGAAGAAAGCAUUUGGAAUUAUGCUCCUUCUGGUAAAAAUAUGCUCAAUGGAAAGCCUUUUUCUGAAGACCUAGAAUUUCUACAAGGAGGUCAAGCGAGGAAGAGCUUUGUUUUUAAAAAGGCUUUGUAUUUUCAAUAUACUGAUAAUACAUUUCAAACGAUCAUUGAAAAACCAUCCUGGUUGGGAUUUUUAGGUCCAAUGAUUAAGGCAGAGACUGGAGACUUCAUUUAUGUACAUGUAAAAAAUAAUGCUUCAAGAGCUUAUAGUUAUCAUCCUCAUGGGCUCACCUACUCCAAAGAAAAUGAAGGUGCUAUCUAUCCUGAUAAUACGACAGGCCUGCAAAAGGAAGAUGACUAUCUGGAGCCAGGGAAACAAUAUACCUACAGGUGGUAUGUAGAAGAACAUCAGGGACCUGGCCCCAAUGACAGUAAUUGUGUGACAAGGAUUUACCAUUCCCAUGUAGACACCGCAAGAGAUGUAGCUUCGGGACUUAUUGGACCAAUUCUGACUUGUAAAAGAGGGACACUGAAAGGAGACACUGAAAAAGAUAUUGACAGGUCUUAUUUUCUGAUGUUUUCUACAACUGAUGAAAGCAGAAGCUGGUAUAGUGAUGAAAAUAUUCGUGCAUUUACUGAAUCUGGCAAAAUUAAUACUAGUGAUCCCCGUUUUGAGGAGAGCAUGAGCAUGCAAUCAAUAAAUGGGUACAUCUAUGGAAACCUGCCCAAUCUCACCAUGUGUGCUGAAGAUAGGGUCAAGUGGUAUUUUGUUGGCAUGGGUGGCGUGGCUGACGUACACCCCGUCUACCUCCGCGGACAAACUCUGAUCUCUCGGAAUCACAGAAAGGACACCAUUAUGCUCUUCCCCUCCUCACUGGAAGAUGCCUUCAUGGUGGCCAAGGCCCCCGGAGUGUGGAUGUUGGGAUGCCAGAUAUAUGAGAGUAUGCAGGCAUUUUUCAAAGUAAGUAAUUGCCAGAAACCUUCAACAGAAGCCUUCGUUACUGGGACACAUGUUAUACGUUACUAUAUUGCUGCUAAGGAAAUUCUUUGGAACUAUGCUCCAUCUGGUAUAGAUUUCUUCACUAAAAAAAAUUUAACAGCAGCUGGAAGUAAAUCCCAGUUAUUUUUUGAACGAAGUCCAACCAGAAUUGGAGGAACUUACAAAAAACUGGUUUACCGUGAAUACACAGAUGCUUCCUUCCAAACACAGAAGGCAAGAGAAGAACACCUUGGAAUCCUUGGCCCUGUUAUUAAGGCAGAGGUGGGACAGACCAUCAAAAUCACUUUCUAUAACAAUGCUUCCCUGCCACUCAGCAUUCAGCCUCAUGGACUGCAUUACAACAAGAGCAAAGAGGGCUCAUUCUACGAAACACCUGGAGGAAGUACCCCUCCACCCUCUUCACAUGUAAGUCCUGGCACAACAUUUGUCUAUACAUGGGAAGUUCCAAAAGAUGUGAGUCCCACCUCCACAGAUCCCAACUGCUUGACCUGGUUCUAUUACUCUUCAGUAAAUGGGAAAAGAGACAUCAACAGUGGCCUUCUGGGGCCUCUCCUUGUAUGUAGAAAUGGAAGUGGAGACAAUGGCAGACAGAAAAGAGUAGACAAAGAGUUUUACCUACUUGCCACAAUAUUUGAUGAAAAUGAAAGUAAUCUCUUGGAUGAAAAUAUCAGAACAUUUGUAACAGAGCCUGAAAAUGUAGAUAAAGAGGAUCCAGACUUCCAAGCCUCAAAUAAGAUGUACUCCAUAAAUGGAUACACGUAUGGAAAUCUGCCUGGAUUGGAUAUGUGCUUAGGAGACAACGUUCUGUGGCACGUUUUUAGUGUAGGAUCAGCGGAAGAUUUACACGGGAUAUAUUUUUCAGGAAAUACCUUCACUUCUUUAGGAGCAAGAAAGGACACAAUACCUAUGUUUCCUCAUACUUCUCAGACGCUUUCGAUGACACCUGAUUCUAUAGGAACUUUUGAUUUGGUUUGCAUAACAAUAAAGCACAAUCUAGGAGGCAUGAAACAUAAAUAUCACGUGAGGCAAUGUGGAAAGCCAAACCCUGAUCAAACACAAUACCAGGAGGAGAAAAUUAUUUACAUUGCAGCCGAGGAAAUGGAAUGGGAUUAUUCUCCUAGCAGAAAGUGGGAGAAGGAACUCCACCACUUACAAAGCGAGAACCAAACAAGCAUGUAUGUGGAUAGAAGUGGAACACUUCUUGGGUCCAAAUACAAGAAAGUCUUAUAUCGUCAAUAUGAUGAUAACACAUUCACAAAUCAAACAAAAAGGAAUGAAGAUGAAAAACAUCUCGAUAUACUAGGUCCAUUAAUAUUGCUCAACCCUGGUCAAAAAAUUCAAAUUAUCUUUAAAAAUAAAGCCUCACGACCAUAUUCUAUUCAUGCUCAUGGAGUGAAAACAAAUAAUUCCACUGUUGUUCCAACUCAGCCAGGAGAGAUUCAAAUAUAUACUUGGCAGAUACCUGAUAGAACUGGUCCUACCUCACUGGACUUUGAAUGCAUACCUUGGUUUUACUAUUCAACUGUAUCUGCAGCUAAGGAUCUUUACAGUGGACUGGUAGGCCCUCUGAUUGUAUGCCGCAAAGACAUCAACCCCAACAUAGUUCACCGUGUUCUCCACUUCAUGAUAUUCAAUGAGAACGAAUCCUGGUACUUUGAAGACAAUAUCAACACCUAUGCUUCAAAACCAAACCAAGUGGACAAGGAAGAUGAUAAUUUUCAACUCAGCAACCAAAUGCACGCAAUUAACGGAAGACUGUUUGGAAAUAACCAAGGUCUAACAUUUCAUGUUGGGGAUGUAGUGAAUUGGUAUCUGAUUGGCAUAGGGAAUGAAGCUGACCUUCACACAGUUCACUUUCAUGGCCAUAGCUUUGAAUACAAGGAUUGGGGAGUGUAUCGAUCUGAUGUUUAUGACCUUCCUCCUGGGGUCUAUCGAACUGUAAAAAUGUAUCCAAGAAGUGUUGGAACCUGGUUAUUUCAUUGCCAUGUUUUUGAGCACAUUGGUGCUGGAAUGGAAAGCACUUACACUGUACUUGAAAGAAAAGCAUAAAUAUUUGAUAUGAUAUGAGUAUUGACAAGCUUAUAAACCAAGGUAAAGCUGCCAAAGAAGGAAAACUCCAGGGACCAAGGAGUCUGGGAGGAACCAGCUAAAGACUUUCAUGACAAUGUACCAGGAAAACUGGUUUGAAAUAAAAGUUUUCUUAGU